UAGAUUUCGGGGAUGGGUCUAUCGAUGGAAUCAAGAUGGCGACUCUGGCGAAAAGCGCCAAUAUAUUUAGUGUACUAGAUGCCCGAAAUUAACCGCGGUAACCGGGUUUACUCACACCCCAUCGGGGGUUCCGUGAAACAUGAAGCCCAGGAGCAUGUUUGGGAAGAGGAACUGACCGGAAUAAUACCGUAACAAAGUCAGCGAGAUGUGCGAGAGCUAUGCCCGCUCGCUGCUGCGUGUUUCGGUGGCGCAGAUCUGCCAGGCUCUGGGCUGGGAUGCGGUUCAGCUCACUGCGUGCGAUCUGCUGUCGGAUGUGCUGCAUCGAUAUAUCCAGCAGUUGGCCAGGGCCUGCCAUCGCUACUCUGAGCUAUAUGGACGAACAGAUCCGGUUCUGGAUGAUGUCAGCCAAGCCUUUAGGCUGCUGGGAGUGAGCCUGAGUGAGCUGGAGGACUACGUCCAUAAUCUGGAGCCUGUGCCCUUCACCCAUCAAACGCCACUCUUUCCUGUUAGCAAAAACAAUGUGCUGCAGUUUCCCCAGCCGGGAGCCAGAGAUGCAGAGGAAAGGAAGGAUUACAUUCCAGAUUACAUGCCACCCCUGGUCUCCUUACAAGAAGAAGAGGAGGAGGAGGAGGUCCUUGCUGACAUGGGAACCUCAGCCGAAGCCAUGCAGGUGGCACUGGAAGAGGACGAGGAGGACAUGGACGAGGACGAGACGGUCAACGACGAGAACCACCCGCUGAAGAGGCACCUGGAAAGUCCAGAUGCAGCUAUGGGCAUGAUGCCUACCUCCAAGAGACCACGCAUGUACCCUGGCCUCAGUCCUGAGUGGGGGAUUGAGCCCAGGGAGCCCCUUACUUCUCUCAACCCUCAACGUGUCCCUCCAGGCAUGCUGCCCUCUCAUGACAGCCUCGACCCCCUGUCACCCGAAACACCCUCUGGAGCCCUGCCUUCCUUCAGACCUCAGCCGGUUGUACCAAAACACUCGGAUCAAAAGGGCCUCACCACACCAGGAAGAAAGACUAAGGUCUCGUCCCCUGGCAGACAACGGACUAAAUCACCUAAAGGAGUCCUUCCUGUUCCAGUGGGAAGUAGUCCAAUCCACUCUCCAAAGCCGUCUAAGGAGAGAAAGAAAUCCCCAGGCAGGACCAAGAGUCCUAAAAGUCCGAAGAGCCCAAAGAUGGGUUCAGCCAAAGCAUCCCAACCCCAGAGCAAGACAGAGAGUGUGCAAAAGCUGCCGCUGUCUGCUCUGAAUGAGAGGAUGGGCAAAGAAAACAUCCAUAUGCGACUAAAUCUUGAGGACAGGGAAUUAGCUGAGGGUCCCUUUAAGAAACUAGAGCCUGAUAACGCAGCCAUCGAUGACUCCAUUGAUGCAGUGAUUGCCAGAGCGUGUGCUGAACGGGAGCCUGAUCCUUUUGCAUUCUCCUCAGGCUCUGAUUCGGAUAGCAAUGGAUUCUCCAGCCCUAGGAGGCUGACCAUCAUGGAGCCAUCUACACCUAAAGCCCUGAUUGGGGCCAGUAACUCUAUAAAAGACACGUCAACACCACUUCACCUACAGGCAUACCCAGGCUUAGGAAAUUGGACUAUGGAUGAUUCAAUUAAUGAGGUUAUCCGAAAGGUCAAUCAGGGCGGCCCAUCUGCAGCCCAGCCAAGCCAGGAAGACUUCUUGUCCUCAGGAUCUGCCUCACCGCCUACUCCUGAACCUCUGCUCAAGGUGUUUGAGGAGAAGAACAAGAUUGUGUCAUCAGUGGAUGUAAAGAAAAAGCUGAAGAAGGAGCUCAAAACUAAAAUGAAGAAGAAGGAAAAGGACAAGCCGAAAGACAAGGACAGGGAGAAGGAUAAGAGCAAGGUGAAAGAGAAGAACAAGGACAAGAACAGGGAUAAAAACAAAGACUUUUCCAAGGAUGGCAAGAUGGCCUGGAAGGAUUUUGGAUUGAAGGAUGACGAGCUCUUCCUUCCCCGAGACUUUACUUUGCCUGAGGGCUCCAUCAAGAUCAAAUCCAGAGAUGGAGAUGGACCUAAGAAGGAAAAGGAGAAACACAAAGACAAAAAGAAAGAUAAAGAAAAGAGUAAAAAGGACAAAGACAAGAGGGACAAGGGUAAAGACAGGAGCAAGGAGGACAGGCAGAAACAAUCUGCAUUAGCCCCCUUUGCUCUGGGUGAACUUGCACCCCUGUUCAGCCCCUCUGCCUGUCUGCGUAUUCCCUCAAUGCUUCCUCCUUUGGCCCCGAUCCUCCAGGAUAAGGACAUAAAGAGCAAGGAAAAGGACAAGAAAAAGGACAAGAAGGAGAAGAAGAAAAAGAAAGACAAAGAAAAGGAUAAAGAGCGAGAGAAGGCCAAAGAAAAGGAGAGGGAGAAGGAGGAGAAGAGGAAAGAAAAGGAGAAGGAAAAGGAAAAACGAGAGAAGGAGAAAGAGAAGGAGAAAGAGAGGAUUAGACUGGAGAAGGUGAAAGUAGAAACUCCAGCACCUCUACCAUCUCCAGUCAUCCCCAGACUGACACUCAGGGUGGGAGCAGGCCAAGACAAAAUUGUUAUCAGCAAGGUGGUUCCAAAUUCAGAGCCCAGAACGCCAGCACCCAAGACCCCAGCCACCAAGUCAGGACCUGGUAAUCGCCCUCGGACACCUCCGCCACCCCCAAUAUUCACCCCAGUGGUACCCACGCUGCCUGUGCCUGCCUCUCCACUCCCACCAGCUCCUGCUCUGUCAUCGUUGCUCUCUCCUGGCCCCAUGAUGUCUCCGGCAGCGUCCUUCAAAACACCAGUCCGAAGCGUCGUUACAGAGACCGUCAGUAACUACGUAAUCCGAGAUGAAUGGGGAAACAAGAUCUGGAUUUGUCCUGGAUGCAACAAGCCUGAUGAUGGCAGUCUCAUGAUAGGAUGUGAUGACUGUGAUGAUUGGUAUCAUUGGCCCUGCGUUGGGAUCCAAACAGCUCCUCCCGAGGAUCAGCCGUGGUUCUGUGUCAAAUGUUCCAGCAAGAAGAAGGACAAAAAACACAAGAAACGGAAACACAAACCGCAUUGAGACUAUGCAAAAAGCACACGGACUGUUUUUUGGACUUAAAGCCAUCAAUGAACACUCAUGGCACUGCUGUAAAAUGAAAAAACGAAGAAAAAAAAACCAGAAAAAAAAACAAAAACUGUGGCUCAUGCUAACAUGGGAUGAUUUUUCUAAUGAUGUCAACCAUGAUGAUUUGUGAUUUGAAAAGAAAAACUGCUCUAACCAGCACAUAUCCAGCCUUAUCCCUCAUGCGGAGCUCUGUGUUUUUUUCCCCUUUUCACCUGUAAAUUGUUUGCCUGUUUCUGUUGUCUAGUCGUCAGAGAUCGCAGCAAUUAUGUUUCUAUCGGGAGCCCGUGACAACAAGUCGAGCUCACAAAUCUGAAUAUGAGAACAACUAACUUCCACUGUCUUUAUUUCUGUUUCCUUGUGUAGCCACAGACAGAGUAAGCUCUAACAUUUCCCCAGUUUUCUGCAGUAUCAUUAAAAUGUCAUGUAUAUAAUGACGAUGGCAUCGGGCGUGUAUAAAUGUGUCAAUACCAACUCCCAAGCCAAGUGCAUUUGGUCUUUGGGAUUCUGAUUUAAAUCCAUUUUCAGAUGUUGGUUUUUAACUCAAAUGAUUUUUCUGUAAUUUCUGUACAUUUUUUAAAUUUAAAGUUUGUAUUUUUAUUUUUUUUCCUCACAUGGAUUGGUCCUGGAGUCAUACUGUAGCUGUGCUUGUAUUGUGAUUAUUUUCGCUGAUAUUUCAAUAUUAAAGAUGAAUAGUCUGUGCACUCACAGACUUUAAGACGUAAAUCUCA